AUGAGUUCGUUUCCGGAACCGUUGGACACUGGGAAUGACUCGGGAAUCGUGGAAGAUGCUAACGCUUCGAAAAUAAAGUGUGAUAGUAGCGAGGUCACUGUCACUUCGGUUGCGGCUCUUAUGGCGGGAAAUUCAGAACAGGCAACUGUGACCUACGUCAAGCCGGAAGAUGUGACUUUGAUGAUCAAAAGUCUGGCUCUCAGUCCACGAACUGACAAAGAUGGAGAGGUGAAAUCCGAGAAAAAGUUUCACGGAUUCAGAAAGAACGCAAGCGCACUAGACAUGUCCAGCUUUGGCGCUCAUCUGGGAGCUUUCGGAUAUGGAGCGGGAAAACGUGGUGAUGGAAGCUGUCACAGCAUCUUGGAGAGUGAAGGAUCCUCUUCUAAAGACAGUUCGUUCGCCAGAAACAAUAGCGAGCCGUGCAGUUCCGCUCAAGCCGACGCUCGAGAUACUCUCCAAGAAGCCACUGAUCUAGCUGAUCGACAAUCGGAUCUCGCCGCGUCCGUGCCGCUUCUUCCAGGUGGAAUCAGAGUCGUCCGCAACUUCAUCCACUUCUUCACCAAGGACAACUACGGAUACAUGCUCGUUGACAUGGCUUGGGCCGGUACCGACUCUUUCUUCGAGACUUUCAGCGGUUAGUUAUUUUAUUUUUCGUUUUCGCGCAUCUGCUUAUUUCCAAACUGUUUGGGUGGUACCACCACGGGAGCACACAUGGUGCACAUCCUCCUAAUGCACCUGAAACUUGUUGACCACAUUCUACGUCUCUUUCUUUCAACAAAAAACUGUGGACAUGUUCCACGGGCGGCUGGCACCAAGAGGGAAUGAGAGGCCUGGUAUGGGAAAUGUUGCUCAAAUGAACCUGCUAGGGACCGAGUUGCCACAACUAAUUUUUAAGAUUUCUUGUCUGGAUUUUAAUCUCUGAUUCCUAAGCAAGAAUUAGACAAUAGAUGAAAGAGAGAGAGUGGAAACGGAACUUUGACGUGUUGAUUUGAUUAAAGCUCCGAGUAAUGGAAGUGGACAGGAGGAUGUGCAUUGUUCUGGAGAUUUGUCGUCAAAAGAGGGGGCUAAAGAAGAUAAUCCGAAGAGAGGUCUCCACCCCAUUUCUACUAGACGAUUUCUUCUCUUAUUGUCACAUCACAAACCAACAUUUCCAAUAUCUUCAAAGCUUUUGGAUAAUUCGAACUUUCCACCAACACCAAGGAUCAUCUUAAUCGCAAGGAAAAUGUGUGAUGUGACCAAUUUGGGAGAUUCUGAGAAAAAUUCCCAAAAAUCGGAAAUAUUCAGAAUAGUCACCCCUAUUUUUUGUUGGAUAUCCCCGAAUUCUCUAGGUGUUCUUCUAAUUCCGAAAUUUUCUAGAAAUUUGGUCACAUCACACACUUCCCUUCUUGUCAGUCCUUCUUUUUUCUAGUCUCCACAAAAAGACAAAAUUAUCCGGAAACUCAUCCCUUCACUAAAAAUCGGUUCGUCGUUUUACGACGUCUCCGUACUGGUUAUGUCAACAGCGCGGUCCCCUAGUUGAAUAUGUUUUUUCCGCCUAAUAUCUUGCAUGGCGACAUAUUGAGAAAUCGGCGUCUUGUGAACGAACAGAAAACACGGAAGAAAGUUAGAAUGAGAUGUUGUGUCAUCGAGCCCCUCAAGUUUUGGACACUCCCCAAGCCGGCAUUCAUUUUUUCUAUUCUGAAGCGCCAAAAUAGGCUGUUUGUUCUAUGACUGGUCAACGAUUUGCGAUCAUAGACUGGUGGAGAAAACGUCAUUCUGAAUCAAGCGCCGUUUCGUGGUUCUUCUUCUUCUCCUUGUUCUUCCAUCAAUCUAUCUUCACUAAAUCGGCUAAUUCAUCAAUAGGCUACCUUUCACUUUUCGAUUUCCCUUCUUUUUUUGGUACAAAAACAUGUUGUGAUAGUUUUGAAUUUUCCGGUUCUCAUGAUUUGAAUAUCGCUCCACAUUCUUAUUCUCACAAUACCAGUUGGUUUUUGCUUCUCAACAUUUCCUUGUCAAGUCUCGUGUUUAGGAACCGUUUCGAGACUUGCGAAUGCAAUAAAAAAGAAGGAAACAAAGACCGACUCACCAGGGUCACCCGGGCAAAACGACGAUUGAGGAAGAGAAUUUUAGGCGUGUUGCAUCGGCAGUCCGCUAGCUGCAAUAGUCAUCGAUCCGCUAGUUAGAACAGAUAGAGAAAAGAACGAGGUCAUGCGACUUGAGGCAAAUCGUAAACAAUGGAUCACGGGCGAAGGGACACACCGGGCCUUGGAUGCAAACGUGCUCUACCGGGCCGUUUUUUGUUAUCCAUAGUUCAAACAGAGUCGGCCAUCCAUUUCUCACUCAUUCGGUCACGCCUCGACCUCGGCCCUCUCUCUCUCUCUCUCUCUCUCGCUCGCAACUUGUCUCUUUUCUCAAUGCGUUCCGUCGGCUCUGCUGAGAAUGCAGGAGGAGGGGGAGAAGGAGAAGGAGCAGGCUCUCUCUCUCUCUCUCUCUCUCUUCCUCGUCCAUGUUUACUUUCAUUGUCAUUCCAAUUGCGCAUCCAAUGCAUGCGAAUAUCUUUGCACUAACCUGUCCACCUUGAUUACCAGAUCUUCAAGAACACCUAAAUGCCAUCUCGGGAUGUUCUUUACACAUCUUACACUAGGAAGUGCCCAGCUGACUGUUGUUUGUCGCGCCACGAUGAGUUCUUCAAACACUCGUCCGCGUCAUAUGAUGUGGCACCUGUUGAAAGUUCAAAAACGAUGCAAUUUCGCAAGUAGUUCGUGAUUGAAAACACGCUUUAUUGACGUACGGAUUUUUCCACCUGGUGAACACGUGUUGAACACUGCUUCCGCAUUUUCCUGGAACCCUUUCCAACUUGACGCCGGACCGUCAAAACACAACUAGCGUCGUGGCCCCCCACACCCACGCAAAUGAUUUAUGUUUCGAGACCACCCUCCCGUUGCUUUUCUCCAUUUCCUUCUGCUUUCGCGCGCCCUUUCUUCGCAAACACGAAAUGAGAAUUCUAUUCUUUGGAGAAAGAAGAGCCGAUAUUUAGAAAGAAAAGCUAAGAAAUUUCUCAGAGCGGCCAGAGUUUAUGACAAAGCCAAAUUUUCGCUUGAAUUUCUCAUCGUGAUGAGAUCUUGACGUGUUGAGAGUAAACAUUAGCUAUGCAACCUUUUUGAGAGAAAAUGACUUGUCCGCCUCGUCUUCCGGGGCGGAACUUCCGUUGUCUAAAAUUACAAGGCAAAGAACAUGAUGAUAUCAUGUGUUUUCGCCCUCUCCGCCAAGUUUACGAUUAAUUUCGCUACUCAAGCAUCAGUGCUAGUUAUCAAGGUAAGACCAGAGAUUGACGUAGCAUUCAAAAAACAUCUGGAAAACACUUUUAUCUCUCCCGCCUCUUCGUCUUCUUUGCCGUUCAGUUAAAUCCGGAUUUUAUGUGUAGUGUGUUAUACAAUCCGUCCCCUUUGCUCCUUUUCCUUUUCCUUUCCAACUUCCUUGUCAUUCACUUAUUCAUGUAAAUGCUGUCCGCCUCUGCCAAGGAACCACUCGGGGUCGCCGAGGGGCCUGCCUCUGCAACUGCUUUGCAAUGAAAAGUGGCGGUGACGCUGUUCCUUUCUUCGCCGCCUCGCUUGCCCGUCAGUCUGCGGCAAACCUUUUUUCGGAAGUGGUCGGAGAGAAGGAAGUGGUUCGAAACUGGCCAGCCGGCAGCUGCUCUUCCUCGCAAGCUUUUCCAACUUUUUCUCAUGAACACUUAUCUCUACUCUCUUGUCUUCUCUUUUCUUUUACUGUGACAACUCAUUAGUCACCUUCAACUGCAAACCGCUCGUUUUGUUGUUUCCUGUCGGUGCCCUUCACUUGACCAAGUUUUGUUCGUUAGUCCCGUAUGUCUUCCUCUCGUUUUCACAUCACAUUCUUUGCAUUCGACUAGUGUCGUACACGGCUCAAACGGCCCAUGUUUCAUUACUGAUUUCUGUCAAAGACAUCUAUACAUACUAUACUACUUGUAUAGUUGUGGCUGGCUAAUCGAAUCAAAACGACAAACGAAACAGUCGAUAACGAAUGAAUUUGAUACACUGACAAAAGGUCACGUAGUGUCGUUGCAAUUUGCGGUGAUGGUGACGAGAAACGAGACAAAAGUCUGACCUUACCAGACAAGACCCUAUUUCGGUUUUCGGUAGUAGUUGCAAAUUGUCCCAAUUCCGUUAGAUUGAUGAGUCAACGUGAAUGUUUGAACAAGCGAUUAGAUAGUGGAGACCCAGAAAUUCUCAUGCAGCCAAUCCAGCACAUUCUUCAAAAAACGCCUGACUCAUAUGGAAAACUUUUAUGGAAAAAGGAAAGUCUCAGCGGGUUUUUUUCUAUACGAAAAAUGUUUUCCAUAAUACUUUCUGUAUCAAAAUCUUGCGUGAAUAUGAAUAUUCGGAAAGCAUGCUUUACGCUCGGCUGCUCUCUCUCUCUCUCUCUCUCUCUCUCUCUCUUUCUCUCUCUUUCUCUCUCUCUUUCUCUCUCUCUUUCUCUCUCUCUCUUUCUCUCUCUCUUUCUUUCUCUUUCUCUCUCUCUCUCUCUCUCUCUCUCUCUCUCUCUUUCUCUCUUUCUCUCGGUCUCUCGUUGAUGUUUUAUGUGUGGGAGAGGAGGAGACGUUUAUCAAUGAUAACAUAUUAGGUCUUUUUGCAAAGACUUCUUAUUCAGUCCCGUGUCUCCCUUCGCUGUUCUCCUUUCUUUCCAGCCGAUUCCAUACACAACUUUCUGCCCCGCCUACCCCUGCCUAUGCCCGUACCUGUACAGCGCAGUUGUCUCGUGAUAAUAGUCGAUUAGACGAAUGACUGUUGUUUUUUUUUCAGAAAACCCUGACAAGUACUUCCGCGAGUCGUCGUGGUUGAAGAAAAAGAUGCCUAUUCUCUUCGGAAAGAGCCACAAAUCGCCGGCUGAAGUGGUCAAGACCCUUCGCGAAGCGCUCAUCAUCGUCGACAGAGUGAGUUCUUAAAACCAUAAUUCUAGUCAUAAACUGAGUCUGUGCUAUGUGCGUGACAUAGGUCAUGUGACUUGUAGUUACGCAUUUUGUUGCACAUUUCUAAACCAGAAAAUUUUUGAUUGAAGUUCAAAUUGUUGUGUUGUGUUGUGUUUGUGUUUGUGUUUGUGUGUUUGUAUCACAUGAUAAUGACGACACACUCAACGAAUAGAACCCAAACCCCCUAAUUGUUGCCGAUUACUGUAACGACUAUCGACGAUAAAGUGAUGAUAUUGUUACAGGCCAACAUUCCGAAGAAGAACUAUGAUCGCGCGUUGGAGGAAGUCAGCAAGAACGUCGCAAUGAUCAAGGCGUUCAUCUACGGAAAUGAUCAGACCGAACCGACCAGCGAGCACGUUGUCCAAGUUGCUCAACUUGCCCAGGAAGUGUACAACGCCAACGUGCUUCCGAUGCUCAUCAAGAUGCUUCCGAAGUUCGAGUUCGAGUGCAAGAAAGACGUCGCCUCGAUCUUCAACAACCUUCUCCGUCGUCAGAUCGGAACCCGCUCUCCCACCGUGGAGUACCUGGGAGCGCGUCCGGAAAUUCUCCUGCAACUUGUCCAAGGGUACAAACAGAUCACCUUCGACUUUCUCACACGUAUUCAAUUUCCAGGUACUCUGUGCAAGAUAUCGCUCUCGUCAGCGGACUAAUGCUCCGUGAGAGUAUUCGUCACGACCAUUUGGCAAAGAUCAUCCUCUACUCUGACGUGUUCUACACAUUUUUCGGAUAUGUUCAGAGCGAGGUCAGGAAAUUGACAGACGACGUCGAAAUAUAAUCAGAUUUGCAGGUUUUCGACAUUGCCUCCGACGCGUUCUCAACGUUCAAAGACCUCACCACAAGACACAAAGCACUCAGCGCCGAGUUUCUCGAUGCCAACUACGACAUUUUCUUUGGUUGGAGAUGGGAAAGAGAGCUCGGUUGUUAACUUUUCCUGUUUAAGAGAACUACCAGUGUCUUCUUAACUCGAAAAACUACGUGACCCGCCGUCAGUCGCUGAAACUGCUGGGAGAACUCCUUCUCGACCGUCACAACUUCAACACCAUGACCAAGUACAUUUCGAACCCGGAGAACUUGAAGCUGAUGAUGGAGUUGCUGCGUGACAAGAGCCGAAACAUUCAAUACGAGGCAUUCCACGUGUUCAAAGUCUUUGUUGCCAAUCCGAACAAACCAAAGCAAAUCUCCGAUAUUCUUCUCCGCAAUCGCGAAAAACUUGUAAGUGUUUUUUCGAUUCUGCUUUUAAAACUGAAAAAUAGACAAAAAAUAUCAAAUCAUGGUAAUGGAUUUGUAGGUCGAGUUCCUUGGAGAGUUCCACAACGACCGCACAGACGACGAGCAGUUUAACGACGAAAAAGCCUAUUUGAUCAAACAAAUCCAGGAGAUGAAAGGUGCUCCAAAGGAAUCGAAGAAAAAGAACAAGGAAGGGGACCAACCCGGACCAUCCGGACCUCCACCUCCACCAGCCGUUGAGCAGAAAUAG